UCAUCACAGCACCUGGGCCCUUCUUUCCCUAAGAAAUAAGAACUUUGCACUCAGUGUUGAGCAAUUUUCGUUAUCUUCCGCAGACGCAGAUGAGCGCCGGUGGUCUGCCAGUGUUCACUCAGUGCGUAUGUGCGCCAGCGACACCGCCGCUAAACCUGCUGCAAAUAGCCACCGUGUACCGCUGGACUGCUGCGGAGGACUCAACAACGUGGACUACUCCAAGAUGGACUUGACGCUGAUGGAAGACCUGCUAAAACUUAUCAACUUUAAUGACUCCAGCUUUUGUAUCGCAGUGAUCACCAUCAUUUUCAACCCUCUCUUCUGGAACGUGGUGGCGAGAUGGGAACAUCAUACGCGGACAAUCUCCAGGCUCUUUGGCAGCCCUCACCUGGCCUGUUACUGCCUGGGCUUCGUCAUCAUUUUGCUCAACGUCUACCGCAGCCACAGUAUGACAGUGGCAAUGAAGGCCCAGGCCAGGUGGGAACUGAUGGACAAUAUCAGUGUCUUCUACACUGGGGCAGCUCUCAUGGUGCUGGGCACUCUACUGGUGGUCAGCAGCUUCCUCGCUCUGGGAUUCACUGGAACUUUCCUAGGUGAUUACUUUGGCAUCCUGAUGGAUGAGAAGGUGACAGGCUUCCCCUUUAACAUCAUAGAGAACCCGAUGUACUGGGGCAGCACUGCCAACUACCUCGGCCUGGCACUCAUUGGUGCCAGUCCUGUUGGACUUGUCCUGACUGCCAUAGUAGCCGUGGCUUACAAGGUGGCUUUGAGGUUCGAGGGUCCAUUCACUGAACAGAUCUAUCGGGAGAGGAAUCAGCACCGCAAGCAUGAAUAAUCGCCUCCCAGACGCUUCCUGCUCCUGGUUUGGCCGAGGAUUCCCGUCCUGUCAUGUGGACAGACAGAUGCACUGAACGACAGACAGACUUUCCGGAGGCCUUGAUUGCUAGUCCACCUUUAGUGUGGAUGGGAAGGAAACAUUUACACUGCAUCUCCAUGUGUCCCUCUUCUAAUUCAGUUUAAGCUCUUCUAAUGAAGCUACAUGGAGCCAUAUUUCUCUCUUUAUUGCAACCAAAAAAUGCUCUGUGGCCCAAGAAGCAGUUUCAGCCAUUGACCACCUCAUUGUUUUAUGACUUUUUAAGGUUUUAUAUUUGUAAAACUUUCCCCAAGCUCAGAAAAGUGAGUUUUAUUUCCAUGGUGUCAUCACAAAGUAAAGUCUAUAGCAGCAAACUGUUCCACAAAGGGUCAUGUGGCUGCAGAAUUUUGUUCCAACCAAUCAAGAGCACACAGUUUGGCCAAUCAACUGUCUGAAAACUGAGACCAGGUGAUUAAAUGAGUCAAGUAUUGCGUGCUGCUGCUUGGUUGGAACAAAAACCUGCAGCCACACGGCCCUUUGUGGAACAGUUUGGACACCUCUGGUCUAUAGGCUUAGCAGGAACAUAUGGGACCUGCAGGCAUUGUUAGUUUUGAUACAACGUUGUGUAAACAGCUUCAUUCGGCAAGAUACUGAUAUUAGCAAAGACUGAAAACACAUUUCCAAAAAUGGUUUUUCACUAGUUCAUCACUGCCACAAGUUCUCAGUUGAUUGCAAUUGCCCCAGUUCUGAUAAAAAGCCUACACAAUGAUUGUGCUUGAUUUAAUGGUGCAAAUGUUUGUGAAGUGACAUCAUCCUGGAUCAGCUGGUGUAUGUAAAAAUUUCACGGUGUCCAUGUAACAACAGAUUUCAUGUAAUAUAUGUUAUUCAAUCCUUUUCACUGUACUCCCUGAAUAUGACAUGAAUCCUUUUAAUUGACAUUGACAGCUAUACCAGUGAUAGAUUUAUACUGUACCUAUGCAUUGAUGGAAUAUUUUUUUUAUGUAAUACAAGGAUGAGUCAUGGUGCACAGCAAUGGUCUCUUUGUAUCUCAAGAAAUCAAGACGACUAAUGGAGGCACUUAAGGCAGCACUUUGCAUGUCUGCUUCUUUGAGGCAGAUGUGGGGGAAGGCAUAAUGCAUGAUUAUUCUUCUCUUGCACGACUUGGGAAAAUUCGGACAGUCCUGUUUCUCUGUGAUUGCAGCAAGUAGUACUGAACUAUAAGAACAAAACACUAAUGCACCUCUCGUUAUAAUACAGUUGAUUGGUUUGUGAUUAAUUAGCUACUGCUUACUUAAUGGCUUCUAUCUAGCUGUGUUCUAUCUGAUCCAGGAAAAUUGGUCUUUUUUAAUUUUCACUUUAAAAUUAUGAACUAAAAAGUUUGACUUUAUAUUCAUUUUAGGGAUUAACUACAAAAAUUACUAGUUAUUGUAUGAGGUAUUUAGUUUUUUUUUUUUUUUUUUUUUUUUACUGUUUAGGUUUUUGAUAGCAAGAACAUGAGACCUGAGAAUUUGGUUGUUUGGCUACAUCCAAUGAGGCUUAAAUUAGCCAUGCUAGCAGCAUAA